UCUCUCUCACAAACUUUUCCUCUGCAGCUCCUUCCUCCUUCCUCGGGUUUGUUUUUCCUUUUGUUUUCCGUUUCACUUCUAAAAAUAAUAUUAAUAAUACUUGAAUAAAUUAUUCUCUCUUCGAUCCAUUUUCCUUUCAGUUUUUGCCCUUUUCUUCAAUUUUUUAUUUCUCACUGCAAAAAGUCCAAACUCUAUAACCGCCUAUAACAAACUCCAUCUUAUUUGUGUGUGUUUAUAUAUAAAAUAAUAAUAAUAAUACUCUCUGUGGAAAGUGUAUAUAUAAAGUUAUUUAUGCUCGCCGGCGAUGCCGACGCCGGUCAACGCAGCCAGGCAAUGUUUGACGGAGGAAGCCGCGCGUGCUCUUGACGAUGCGGUGGCAGUUGCUCGUCGCCGCAGCCACGCGCAGACCACCUCGCUUCACGUUGUCUCUGCUUUGCUCGCCUUGCCGUCGUCCAAGCUUCGGGAAGCUUGCACGCGCGCCGGGAGCUCCCCCUACUCGCCGCGUCUCCAGUUACGAGCUCUAGAGCUGUCCGUCGGCGUCUCCCUGGACCGGUUGCCUACUUCCAAAGCACUCGAGGAAGAUCCUCCUGUGUCGAAUUCUCUCAUGGCGGCCAUCAAACGGUCUCAAGCUAACCAGAGGAGGCAUCCGGAGAGCUUCCAUUUGUUUCAGAUGCAUAUUCUGCAGAAUCAACAGCAGCCAACGGCCUCACUCUUGAAAGUCGAACUCAAGCACUUUGUCUUGUCAAUUCUCGAUGACCCAAUUGUGAGUAGGGUUUUUGGCGAAGCGGGUUUUCGGAGCUGUGAUAUCAAGCUCUCGUUGCUUCAACCGCCGGUGACACAGACUUCUCGGUUUCCCUGGAGCCGGUGCCCGCCCAUUUUCUCAUGCAAUUUGCCUGGUUCCGAAUCGGGUUCGCCCAGUUUCAAGUUUCCUUUCGUGGGAAAUUCUGGAUACGAAGGCGUGGAUGAGAAUUGUAGAAGAAUUGGGGAGGUUCUUGUUAGAAAGACGAGAAGAAACCCCUUGUUGAUGGGCAUUUACGCGAAAAGUGCUCUUCGGAGUUUUACAGAAUCGGUACAGAAAAGUCGAGAGGGAGUGUUGCCAGCUCAAAUAGCUGGGUUGAAUGUAGUCAGCAUUGAGAAGGAUAUUUCUGAGAUUCUUGAUGAAGGUGGCAGUGAAGAGAAGAUGGGUUUGAAAUUUAAGGAAUUGAGUCGCUCAUUGGAGCAAUACUCUGGUCCAGGUAUCGCCGUGAACUUCGGAGAGCUUGACGUGUUCGUGCGCGAGGGCGUGCCUCAUGGUGCUGCUAGCUUUGUUGUUUCACAAUUGACAAGCUUAUUGGGCGUUCAUGGUGAGAAAAUUUGGGUGGUGGGAAUAGCUGGAACCUCAGAUGUAUAUUCUAAGUUUGUAGCUCUGUUUCCAACUAUAGAAAAGGAUUGGGAUCUACAUCUACUAACUAUCACAUCUGCCACCCCUUCAAUGGAAGGACUCUACCCUAAGUCCAGCUUGAUGGGGUCCUUUGUUCCUUUUGGUGGGUUCUUCUCUUCACCUUCUGAAUUAAAAAAUCCGCUAAGCUGUACAAAUCAAAGUUUUAUGCGAUGUCACUCCUGCAAUCAAAAGUAUGAACAAGAAGUCGCUGAUAUUCUAAAAGUAAGUCCGGCAACUUUGGCAUCUGGUUACCCCACAAAUUUCCCUUGGUCACAAAAGGCUAGUGUGGAGACAGAUCAAGGAUUGGAUGUGGCAAAGAGUAAUGAAGAAAAUCCAGGUUUGAGUGCCAAGAUCUUCGGGUUGCAAAAGAAAUGGAGUGACUUUUGUGAAAGACUUCAUCAAACCCAGUCAAUACCUGAAUUUGGUACUUCCCAAACAAUGUCCAAAGUACCAGUCCUUGGGGGCUUUCCAUUCAGUUCAAGUUUAAAAGAAAGUAGCAGCAAGCUUCCAUCUUUUAAUGAAAGUCAACAUUCUCAUGAUGUUAAUGUUCGUAGUUCACCUGACCAGGCAGCAAAAGUUUCAAAGAUUCGGCAUACUGAUAAGCUGAGUCCCUGGAUUAACCCUUCCUCUAUGGCCAAUACUGUGCUUGAGGGCAGAUCAUCUUCUUCCUUUACUUCCGUGACCACAGAUCUGGGAUUGGGGACAAUAUAUGCAUCGGCUGCUCAGGAGCCAAAUUCCCGGGAACUUCAAAAUCAUAAAGAGCGCCUUCAGCUUUUGGAUGAUAAUAAUUUACACCAAAAUGCUGGUCCCAGUUUGGAAGGGAAGUUUAAAUCAGUAGAUUUCAAGUCUCUUAGUCAAGUUCUCACUGAGACGGUUGGUUGGCAAGAAGAGGCCAUAUCUGCUAUCAUUCAAACCUUGUCCCUUUGUAACUCUCGUGGAGGAAAGCAUCAUGGCCAGCGUGUUAGAACAGACAUUUGGUUUGCUUUCCUCGGACCUGAUAGAGUGGGAAAGAAGAAAAUUGCUUCAAUACUUGCGAAGACAAUAUUUGGAAACACAGGAAGUCUGAUCUCUUUGGAUUUGAAUUCCCAGGACAAGGCUUACUCACUAGACUCAAUAUUUGAAAGCCAGAAUUCAAAUCAUUACGACAUCAGGAGGAAAACAGACGUGGGCUUUAUUGCUGGGGAGUUGAGUAAGAAACCCCACGCAGUUGUGUUUCUUGAAAAUGUAGAUAAAGCUGAUAUUUUGGUGCAGAAUAGUUUGUUUCAGGCACUAAGAACUGGUAAAUUUCCAGACUCGCAUGGGAGGGAAAUCAGCAUUCAUAACGCAAUCUUUAUUGUGAACUCAACUGUCUCUAAAUGUAAUGGCACUUCCCUUUCGGAGAAGGAGCCUACAAUGUUUCCUGAGGAAAGAAUCGUUGAAGCCAAAAGAUUUCAAAUGCAAUUACUAUUGAGAGAAAUUUCUGUGGAUGCCCCAGGGAUCUGUGGCCCAAAUGUUAUUGUUACACCAAGCAAAGGGUCCUCUAAACAGACAUUUCUGAACAAAAGAAAACAGGUCGAAAUCAGUGACAACAAAGAGUGGGGCACAACAAGCAAGAUACAGAAACAAGUCCAAGAUGCAUCAAGAUCCUAUUUGGAUCUAAAUAUGCCUGUAGAGGAGUUUGAAGAUGACAUGGAUCACAAUGACAGUGUGGGUGAAUCCAAAAUUGAAGGCUCUCAAUCUCAAGCCUGGUUGAAUGAUUUCUGUGAUCAAACUGAUGAAAAAGUGGUUUUCAAGCCACUAAAUUUUGAUGUGCUUGCCGAGAAAAUAAUGCAAAGCAUCAGCACACAGUUUGAGAGGACAUUCGGAUCACAGUUUCUGCUGGAAAUUGAGUAUGAAGUGAUGACACAAAUGCUUGCAGCUGCUUGGUUAUCAGACAAGGAAAAUGCAGUGGAGGAUUGGAUUGAACAUGUGCUUGGCAAAAGCUUCAAUGAAGGCAAGCACAAAUAUCGCCCUUCAACAAAGUCUGCUAUGAAACUAGUUUCCUGUGAAGGCAUUCUUGUGGAAGAGCAAGUUCCUGGAGUGUGCCUUCCAGCUAGAAUUAACUUCAACUAAAAAUUUUUGGUCACUAUGUAUUAUAGUAAUUACUAGUUACAUGUAAAAUGUAGCUCUUAGUAUAUAUAUAGCAUUUUGCAGGUGGGUAGCCUUGAUUGGCUAAUUGAUUCACAGAUUUUGUUUUGGGAUAAUAAAUUUGUGUUGUAAUUCCUAAGAUAAAUGAAUGGGUAAUCUUCCCAACAGUUCCAUAGUCA